GGGACUGGAACUCAGGUCCUUGUCUGUGUGUGGCAGGCACUUUACCAAAUGAGCCAUACCUGCAUCCCUAGUGUAGGUGCAUGUGCGUGUGUAUUCACGUGUGUGGGUAUGUGUGUGUGUGUGUUAUUUAAAGAUAGGGUCUCAUGAACUUUCUAUGUAGCUAAAAUUGUGUUAUUGCCAAUGGUGAGAAUAAGACCACUUCCAGAAUUUGAGCCAAAUUUGAAGCAAGCUUGGUUUUUAUUGGGUACACCUCAACUGCCUCCUGAGUCAGGUUAAAGAGAGUACCCCAGAAUCCAUCUCCUGGGCCCCUUUUAAGGAGUAAAAUCACAGUAGUUUUACAGAAGGGAGAUGAUGGAGCAAUAAGGAAAUACAGAGGGAAAAAAAUUUUUUUAAAAUACAGCAUAAUGGCUCCUGCCUUCAAAAAUGGAGUCAGGCAGGAUCCUCAACUGGAUUGUGUUCCUGAUUCUCCUGCCUUCACCUUCUGAAUACUGGGAUUACAGAUAUGCCCAGUUUUUGUUUUUCUUUUAUUAAUAUUUAUUUUUAUUUUAUAUGUAUGAAUGUUUUGCUUGCAUGAAUGUCUGUGUGCCACAUGCAUGCCUGGUGCCUGCCUAGUUGCGAGAGGGUGUUGGAUGCCCUGGAACUGAAGUUGGUGAUGUCUGUGAGUUGCCAUGUGGGUGCUGGGAACUGAAUUCGGGUCCUCUAUAAGAGCAUCAACUGCUCUUAACCAUGGAACCUUCUCUCCAGGCCCCAGUUUUUAAUACUAAUUUCUUUCUGUUUGCUUUCUUUUCACAAUGACUGCAAGGCAAGGGCUUUAUCCUCAGCCCUUCUGCACAAUUCAUCUGCAGAGCAUGUCAGAAAACUCAGGAACUUACUUCAGCUUGAUUUAUUACAACUAGUAUUACAAGGUUGGGGGUGUGGUCAGCAGGAGAUUGUUUGUCUAGCAAGGGCUGGCCUCCAUUUCCAGCACCGAAGAGGAACAGAGACAAAAGGCUCAGAUAGAGAGAUGAGAGGGGAGCAGGGCAAGAACAGGGGAAGACACACUGCCCUGGGGGCCUGCCAUACCCUGUCCUCUGGGUUCUCAGGGUGACAUCUCCAUGGAGGCAGGACUGAAGUUCCACACCCUCACUGAAAAGUAGUUAGAGCGACAGGACCAGCAUGGGUGUGGACACCAGCUCAGCUUGUCUGCUCAGAUUCUCGCUGGCUCCAUCUGUAGCACCUCCCUCCAGGGGAUGGGACAGACCCCUCCAGGGUCUCAUGAUCUGUUAUCAGACAAGGCUAGGUCAAAGAAUUAUUGUUAUGUCUAGCUCCUAGAUGGACAGAUGGAGAACAGGAUUUAGAACUUCUCUGAGCAGCUUUGGAGAAGAGAGCUUUUAGUUUAGUUUCCAUGGCUGCCUUGGGAAGGGAGUUAGAAGCCAGUGGCCAUGGUCAAUAAACAACAUACAUAGCAUUGUAUUGGAUGGAUAGAUGAUAGAUAGACAGACAGACACACACACACACACACACACACACACACACACACACACACACACACACACUGCAUCCUAAGUGUACCUAACUUACCUCCGAGGUUGAGAUAGGAGGAUUGCAAGUUCCAGUCCACAGAGGAACACUGCUUACUGGCUUAUUCCUCAUGGCAUGCUCAGCCUGCUUUCCUAUACAACCCUGGACUACCUGCUCAGGGUGGCAACCCCCAGGGUGAGCUGGGUCUCCCACACCAAUCAUUAAUUAAGAAAAUGCAGCCGGGCGGUGGUGGCGCACACCUUUAAUCCCAGCACUCAGGAGACAGAGCCAGGCGGAUCUCUGUGAGUUUGAGGCCAGCCUGGUCUCCAAAGCGAGUUCCAGGAAAGGCGCAAAGCUACCCAGAGAAACCGUCUCCAAAAAAACCAAAAAAAGAAAAGAAAAAAAAAUGCUCCACAGGAAUGUCUACAGGCCAAUCUGAUGGAGAUGAGGUUUUUUUGUUUUGUUUCUCAGUUGAGAUUUCCUCUUCCAGGUAACUCUAGCUUAUUUCAAGAUGAUUUUUAAAAACAACUAAGGAAGGCACCCAUUUGGAGUCUUGGAAUGUACCACCUUUGGGAUGUGGCAGCUUUCAGAAAACCUUGAAGGUAAUGGGAUUAUUUUCUUCUAUUCUCCAUUUCCUCCUUUGUAGGUGUUAGCUAUUCUGCCAAAUGUUAGUUAUUCGGCUGCACUGUGUUCUUACCCUGCACGGAAAUGUCACGAAACACAACAGAAUCCGCUAAUAAGAGUUUUAUUAAAGAUAAAGGGACAGAGAGUGAACAGGCCUGCAGGAAACACGUGUGUGGAGAAGAAGAAGGAGGAACCGGGAACAUGGCGCCGGAUUUUAAAGGCUGGGCAUGGACAGAUCAGCGUCACUACUACACGCAAGCGCGUAGAUCACAUGGCCAUGUUGCGCGCCUACGUAGCCAAUGGAACAUCAAGGAUCUUGGUCACACAAGAUGCCCUGACCCAGAAAUGGCUAUCCUGACCUGGAACUGGCUAGGCGGAAGUGUCUGUCGGGCAUAUGCGAACACGCCCGACCGUGGGGGCGUGUUGUAAACCUUUCAGUAGGGAGCUGAGGAAGCCCUGAAAUGAAUGAGUAUUUUGACAUGGGCUUGGUCAUGUUGAGGACUCCAGAAUCUUGGAUGCAGGGGAAUAUAGGCCAGGCUCAAGAGGAGUGGCAAAGCCCUCCCAUGGGUCCGUAGGAAUGUUUACUAACUAAUGAUGAGUGUGUACAGAGACUAGCAACUGCAGCCUCCUCCUUGCGAUGUUUAUGGACAGCUCACUUACAGAGACCUCCCACUGAAACUAGGUAACCCCUCCCCAGUGCUGCACCCAAUAAACACACUGAGGUUUCCUGGAGCCAUAGUAUUGGUUGCAGACCCUACCUGAUCCCAGCUUUGUGUAUCUGUGCCUGUCCAUUCUUCAGUCCUUUGCUCUCCUUAGCCAGGGUACCAGGACCCUGGACCCUGGAUACCACAGGACACAGCAUUCCUGUUUGUUUACUAGACACAGGUGUGAUAUCUGGAAUUCCAGCAGCCAUACUGGGUUUUCAGGUGAAAACAUGUUCAAAUUGGCAGAGCAAGAAGAUAGAGGUGUGAGUGCCCAGUAGUCACCCAGCUGCCAAUGACUGCCACCUCAGUCCAUCUAUGAGCUCCCAAGCAAAACUUGAUCUAUCCCGUAUCAGGUCCCAAGGAAAAUCAACUCCUGAAACUCCAAAAGGCAGUCUAAAUAUCCAGACACAAGCUCAAUCUGGACUAUAGGAGCAUUUCUGCAGGUUAGGUAAACGCCAGCCUUCCUCGGGAACUUAUGAAACUGGUUCCCAUCUACCCCAAAGGAAUCAUUUCCCUUAGCUCUGACAGAAAGGACAUUAUGGCUACCUGUGGUGCCUAUCAGCCAAAGCAAAUGCUGGCCUCCAGGCUCCCUCAGUAUCACAAGUACCUGUGACCCAUUCCAAAGUCCAGGCCAGCAUCCUGGCCUUUCUCAGCUCUUCGCCUACCCAACCCUCUCUCCAGCUCAUAGGUUCCCCUCCCCCAGCUGCUCAUCCCCCUUAUAACCCUGCUAUUCGGUUUUUCCUCCCAGGCGGGCUCCUGCCUCUCUCACUAGGUUUUCUCUGUUCUCUGUGCCCUGCUAGACUCCUUCCUUUCACAGACAGCCCUGGCCAGGUCCAGUCUGUUGGUCAUGGUCAGUCUCCUCCUUUCUGUCUCUGUUCUGAGCUCUUCCAGAUGCCUCUGGCUGUUCCCUCUUUCAUCUCUACAAUAAAAAACCUUCCCCCUGGCCUGGCGGCGGUGGUGCGCGCCUUUAAUCCCAGCACUCGGGAGGCAGAGCCAGGCGGAUCUCUGUGAGUUCGAGGCCAGCCUGGGCUACCAAGUGAGUUCCAGGAAAGGAGCAAAGCUACACAGAGAAACCCUGUCUCGGAAAAAAAAAAAAAACCAAACUUCCCCCUAACUAUCCCAUGGAGCAGUCAUGUGGUCAGUUUAUACACCCCACACCACCCGCUUAUUUUGGUUUUCUGUUAUUGGCACCGGUAAAAAGACACAAGUCCUAGUGGUAGCUCAUGCUUAUAAUACCAGACUGAAACAGGACUGGCACCAGUUCAAGGCCAGCCUAGGCUACAGUAAGAAACUCUCUCUCUCUCUCUCUCUCUCUCUCUCUCUCUCUCUCUCUCUCUCUCUCUCUCACACACACACACACACACACACACACACACACACACACACACGCAAAGUUAAAUAGGGUAUAGUGUUGUACACUGUAAUCCUAGCACUCAGGAGGCAGAGGCAGGCAGAACUCUUAGGCCAGCCUGCUCUACAAGAUAGAAUUCCUAGCCACCCUCCCAUGACCUCGAAGCACUGGCAAGACACUUAGUCAUCCCGGGGCCUUACGUCCUACAUAAUCCAUGCGCUGUGUGGUCACGUAGUCACGUAAUUUGCGUGCAGCGUGAUCACAUAAUCUAUGCUCAUGCCUGGUGUAGCUAGCCAUGUAAGCCCAUAUGCACAUGCACGGGGAAUCCAUAAAAAGUGGUCACAUGCUCCUCCCCAUCUCUCCUUACAGGACGAUUUCCAGAGGCCUAAGCACUCCCUUCUGUUCUCUUUCCCCUAAUAAACUCUUAUUUAUAUAAUAAACUCUAGUAGGUUUUGUUGUGCCUCGUGGCUUUUCUGUAAUGGUAAACUGCACCGAUUAAAAAUAACACAGCACCGCAUAAAACUAACACUACAUAGUUACAGGCCACCCGGGGGCACAUAGGGAGACCCUGUCUAACAAUAACAAGAGAAUGUGAGCAGGACAUGGUGAGACUACACCUAUAGUUCCAACACUUGAGAGAUGAACGGGAGGAUGAGUUCAAGGUCAUCCAUGGCUUAUGUGUGGAGUUUGAGGCCAGCCUGGACUACAUAAAACCCUACCACACAGAACAUCCUGUGCUGGAACUCAAUUUGUAGACCAGGCUGGCCUGCUGCUGUCUCCUGAAUGCUGGGAUCUCUUUCAUUUUAGGUGUAUGGGUGUUUUGCCUGCAGGUACGUAUGUCUAGGCACAUGUGCACAGUAGCACAGAUGCCAGCAGAGGGCACCAGAAGCCUUGGAACUGAAGUUACAGAUGGCUGUAAACCACCAUGUGGGUGCUGGGAACUGAACCCAGAUGCUCUGGAAGAGCUGCCAGUGCUUUUAACCACUGAGCCUCUCUCCAGCCCCAACCCUUCCUUCCCACUCCUGAGACAGGGUUUCUUUGUGUAGACCUUGAAAGGUUUACAACACGCCCCCACGAUCGGGCGUGUUCGCAUAUGCCCAACAGACACUUCCACCUAGCCAGUUCCAGGUCAGGAUAGCCAUUUCCGGGUCAGGGCAUCUCGCGUGACCAAGAUCCGUGACGUUCCAUUGGCUACGUAGGCGUGCAACGUGGCCAUGUGAUCUACGCGCUUGCGUGUAAUAGUGACGCUGAUCUGUCCACGCCCAGCCUUUAAAAUCCGGCGCCAUGUUCCCGGUUUCUUCUUCUUCUUCCUUCUUCUUCUCCACACACGUGUUUCCCGCAGGCCUGUUCACUCUCUGUCCCUUUACCUUUAAUAAAACUCUUGUUAGCGGAUUCUGUCGUGUUUCGUGGCAUUUCCUUGCAGGGUAAGAACACAACGCAGCCGAAAAACUAACAUUUUGGUGCCGAAACCAAGCGGGCGCUUCCGGGCACCCUGCGCCUGGAAACCCAUAACCGGGGACUGCAACACUCUGCUCCGUACGCGACAGACCGCUCUCCAUUUUGCCUGACCGCAAAAAUUCCAUGCAACACCGCUUUCUCCGAUUGGUGAGUCCCCCCAUUUUUCGGCCAGUGUAAACGGUUUCCUGAAUCUGUGAGAACAACCGGUACCUCACAAGUAUUCUUGAGACCGGGGGAACCCCCGACCACGGUCUUCAUUGGCUACGGUCGGCCCCUAUCGCAGGCCUGAGAUUUCUAGCCCUCUCCCACGUCUGCAGCCUGAGAUAUUUCUCGCGUUGGGACCACCGCCGUUGGGUGCGUCCUGGGGGCCACGUGGGGCCGACACGUUCAUCCGACUUGACGAAGCGGCAGACGCUGUCCGGAUUCCCAGGGAAUCCUUUCCUCACGUGGCAGGGGCCCCCGCUUCUGUGGCUGACGAGCCAAGGAGCAGCUUGCACCCGGGAUCCGUCCUUGGCCUUGGGGACGCCUGGGGCCUUGGCUCCGGAACACGUUUGUUUUUUUUAUCUUUUUUAUUUUUCUGCCUCUCCGCUGCAGACAUGGGAAACAAGGCUUCCAACCCUGUUAGUCCUUCCUCUCCAUUAGGCUGUCUUGUUGAAGCUUUAAAACCUCUCAGUUUAGUGCCUUACAUAAAGAUUCCUAAGCUAACUCGUCUAUGUUCUAAAAAAUGGCCAAAGUAUUCUUUAGAAAACAACAAAAAAUGGCCGCCGAGCGGCUCCUUAGAUCCCGAUAUUUUACGGGAGUUAUCUAAUUACUGUCAGCGCUCAGGCAGAUGGAAAGAGUUGCCCUAUGUCAUAGCAUUUUUCUUUCUCAGUGCUAAACCGUCUCUUCUGGAUUCCUUCUCUCCUGCUCAUAUGCUCCUGGCUAUGCCUGAACCGGAGGAUUCUCUGACUCCGGAAUCUCUGACUCUAGAUCCUGCUAACGAACCUCCACCUAUUCGACCUCCAGCUCCAACUCCUAGAAAACCGUUCCUUCCGCUCCCCUCCCGGAUUCUUCUUCUAAAGCUGCUCCUUCCUCGGCAGCGGCCGGUUCCAAAGGCCCUGCCCUAGCUCCAAACUUCACUCCUCCUAUCACCUGCUCUCGGGCUGCUAAAUUGCCUGAUUCCAGCCAUCCAAAACCUUCCACUGUUCUCCCUUUGCGAGAGGUGGCUGGUGUGGAUGGACUGAUUAAAGUUCAUGUUCCAUUCUCUCUAGCAGAACUCUCUCAGAUAGAAAGUAAGCUGGGUUCUUAUACUUCUAAUUCUGCUGCCUUUAUUAAACAGUUUCAAUAUAUAACUCAAUCUUAUAGUCUUACCUUUCAUGAUAUAUUCAUGAUACUUUCUAAUAACUUACUUCCUGAGGAGCGCAGGCGGGUUUGGGAGCAGGCUAGGAUUCACGCAGACGAAAUUCAUCAAACUAACCUUUCACACCCUGCAGGAGCUGAGGCGGUUCCUGACCAAGAGCCACACUGGGAUUAUAACACCCAGGGUGGCUGUCUAGCCAGAGAUAGGUUUAUUACCUGUCUCCUGACAGGUCUCUGUAAGGCUGCCCUAAAACCAGUAAACUAUGAAAAACUAAAAAUGGUUAUUCAAGAUAAGGACGAAAAUCCAUCUCAUUUCUUAGAGCAGCUCACCAAAGCUCUACUUCAGUUCACUAGCUUAGACCCGGAGAGCCCUGAGGGCAGGCAGCUGCUAAUAACCCAGUUUGUCUCACAGAGCUUCCCUAACAUUAGGGAUAAACUUAAACGUUUGGAGAACGGCCCUCUAACUCCACAGGCAGAUGUGCUAGUGAUAGCGUUUAAGGUGUACCAUGGUAAAGAUGAAAAAGCCCAUAAGAGGAGCUGCCAGAUGCUGGCAAGCACUGCCCGACCGGCUCUCCGAAAGCCGUCUGGUCCCUGCUUCAAGUAUGGGAGAGAAGGCCAUUGGGCCCAGGCUUGCACCACCGGCCCACGAAGGGCACCGACAAAGCCUUGUCCAAAGUGUUGCCAAAAGGGUCACUGGUCAGCUGACUGUCCUAAUGUCCCAAGCGACAUAGGAAUGCCAGAUGAAGACCACCCUCCAGCUGACUUUGUAGGCUUGGCUUACAGCGAGGACUGCUGCUGCCUGGUUUCCGCCCCGGCCACUCCCAUCUCACACAGGGAACCUAGGGUAAUUAUAAAGGUCAAUGGGAGCCCCAUCUUGUUCCUUUUGGACACCGGAGCUACCUACUCUGUCCUGAGAGAGUUUUGGGGGUCCACCUCUCCUGCUCGUCUCCCUAUUGUCGGGGUUGGGGACAGCCUUAUCUACCUCAUCAGACACCACCACUCAGUUGCAUUUUCAGAGGCAUCCCUCUCACACACACAUUCUUAGAGGUGCCAAGCUGCCCUGUACCUUUAAUGGGGAGGGAUCUUCUAGCUAAGGUAGGAGUGUCCAUUUCUUUUGCUCCACACAUUCGCCUCAUCCCAGACGCGCCAGCAGCUCCUUUACUUCUCCUCCUAGCCACUCACUCUUCUGACUCUAACAAUUCCUUUCCCCUACCAGUCUCUCAGGUAGACACAGUCUCUCAGGUAGACACACAGAGCCGGAGGCAAAAAGGACCAUCAAAAAUAUCCAGGCGCCUUUUCUAUGUCAACAGUAUCUUGUCAAACAGAAGGUUCCUAGCCACAGCACGGAGGGUUCCCAGCCACAGCACGGAUAGACAGCCGCAGAACGAGGGGACGGCAGAACUUCAUUCCAGGACCUGCCCACCAACAUCCCAGGACUUCACAAGAUACCCUCUCAUCCCCCUGCCCCCCAAGAGCCAACCAACGCCCACUAUUCAGCUGGAAGCAGUCUUUGAGAGAAACGUUGCCCCCAUACCCAGGCAACCACAAUUUUUUUUUCUUUUUUUAAAAAGGAAGAGUCAGGGAUGAAAGGUUUACAACACGCCCCCACGGUCGGGCGUGUUCGCAUAUGCCCAACAGACACUUCCACCUAGCCAGUUCCAGGUCAGGAUAGCCAUUUCCGGGUCAGGGCAUCUCGCGUGACCAAGAUCCGUGACAUUCCAUUGGCUACGUAGGCGCGCAACGUGGCCAUGUGAUCUACGCGAUUGCGUGUAGUAGUGACGCUGAUCUGUCCACGCCCAGCCUUUAAAAUCCGGCGCCAUGUUCCCGGUUCCUUCUUCUUCCUCCUUCUUCUCCACACACGUGUUUUCUGCAGGCCUGUUCACUCUCUGUCCCUUUACCUUUAAUAAAACUCUUGUUAGCGGAUUCUGUCGUGUUUCGUGGCAUUUCCUUGCAGGGUAAGAACACAACGCAGCCGAAAAACUAACAGACCUGGCAGUCCUAGAACUCACUCUGUAGACCAGGAUGACCUCGAACUCAGAAAUCUACCUGCCUCUGCCUCUGCGUGCUGCAAACCUGUCUUCUUAAUAGCUGACCCUCAGGCUUCCUGCUCCAGCAGCAUAAAGCUAGUAUGUGUGUCUGGGUUCUUUUAGGACAUGUGAUCAAUUGUUUGGCCUUAAUAUUGGCCCUUUGGCCUCUACAGUCGAGAAAAGCCACCAUUCCCUGUUCCAGGAACAGCCUCAGGCCUCCCAAGCCCUCAGGCCCAAUCCACAGGGCCUGGCUGGACUUACCUCAGACCUGAAGCCCCGCCUGCUGGCUCUAGAAACAGCCUUACUGCAUUCUUCUGGCAGGUGUAGCUCUCCUUAGGGGCCUGGAGCGGCUCCAGGGCUGGCUCAACACUAGACGUUCCUCCCCAGGAAGAUGAGCCCAGGUGCUGUGCAACCAGGGUCCACCAACCCCCAUAAGGCUGUCCCAAGGUGCCACUGGGACCCUGUAAACCCCCUUCUCUCAGCCUAGAGACUCAGCCUCUGGAGAGGACACUUCCUUAGAGGCCUUGUAAGGAUGGGAAAGAUAGGCAGCCAGUGAGAAAUGAAAGUUGGUGUCUGUGAGAGGGACUGCCAAGGUCGUAUGAGGUUACGGGAAGAACGGGAGGCAGAGUUCAGGGGCCAGGGUUCUCCACUAGUCCAUGCAGUGCCCUGCGGUAGGAAGCCCUGUUCCUCAGCUCCUUCCUUUAUCUCUAAAGAUCUGGGAAGGGACAAGUCUCUGCACUGUGCUCGCUCCUCAGGGUUACUGUGACCCAAGCAUCACAAGAGGACAUGUGAGCAAUGGCCGGUGACAUAGGGCAGUGGGUAGACUGAGAGAAUCUCAGGAGAAAAGACGGGUGCACUGGCCACUCAGGUAGCUGAUUAGUAGGUCCCCUUAGCAGGAGAACCCAAAGUCACCACCUAGUCCUCUACCCUGAGCGUCCACGGCCCCACCUGGCCCAGUGCCCUCCCCCUGGCAUCCCAUCACAGAUCUUUCGACACCUCUCUUCCAUCUCCCAGCUCCACACAAUCUCAGAUUUGACUCGGAUCUGUGCUCUGAACAAGUCCUCUGGUGCCUGGGAAGGCUGGGAGGCAAGUUGCUUACCACUCUCAAAGCCCUGAACUGCUGACUUCCAGAUAGCCUCAGCCAAGCAGCCCCAGUGCCCAGACUGCCUGAUCCUCCUGUAAGUUAGGCCAGCACUACCUUUCCGGCUCAUCCUGACUCGUCUCUGCCACUCCCAUCCCUAGGCUCCUUUCAGUUCCAGGGCCUCUUCCACCCUGCCUGGCCUCUCAGCCUCUGGCUGCUGCAGAGCUGGUUUGGGUCCUGAGUACUGUACAGUGUUGUGGAAUAUCUGUUUAACUGGGUAAAAAUGUGUUACAUUUGUUUAUGCCGCAUUCGUUUAACUACGUAAAGAUGUGCUGCAUUUGGAUUUGUGUUAAUUAAAUAAAAUUGACCUGGACUCAGAGAGGCAGAGUUAGCAACGAGUUGUCAGGAAGUAGCAAAGAGGAGAGAACUAGAGGGAAAGAGAGGGAGGUGCCUGAGGCCAGCCAGCCAGGCAGCUACCAGCCAGCUGGACGCGGGAGUAGGACAUACAGAAUGAAAAAAAGGUUAAAGGCCCCGAGGCAAAAAGAAGAAGAAAAACAGGUUAAAUUAAGAUGCAAGAGCCAGUGGGAGAAGCAUAGGCUAAGGCCAAGCAUUCAUAACUAAUAUUAAGUCUCCAUGUCUUUAUUUGGGAGCUGGCUGGUGGUCCAAGAGAGAAAGUCUGCUACAGGGCAGGACUGGUGUUAUACCUCACUACGCCUAAACAGAUCAGUCAAGUGUGCUGUAAGCAUCUACCUCUUGAACUAUACAACCUCCUAAACACAGCAAGGGCUUCCCAGCCAACCCCUGCUUCCCUGAACAUGGAUUCCACGGGCUAGGAACUGGAUGUGGCUCUCCUGAGGCCCCAAGUCCUACCAGUGUCCCUGCUCUCAGUCCCUCAUUUCUGACCACUACUGGCCACAUGUCUCCAAGGCUCCUCCCCCAGGAAGUCUCCUGUACUGACCUGGUACUGUGUGCUCUGAGGAAGCCUGGUCAGUACCAGAGAUGCUCCUGGAGGAACUGGAGUCUGCAAAAUGGGAGGCCUGAAGCCAAGCUUCCUGUCCUGUGUUUUAAGAGUAAAUGGAAUCACCCAGCUCCUAGACCAAGCACUAGCUUGGUGUGGAAAAAUUCUCUUGUAUACUGUAAAGAUUUGUCACUCAAAUUGGUUUAAUAAAACUCUGAUUGGCCACUAGCCAGACAGGAAGUAUAGGUGGGGUGACCAAACUAAGGAUGGGAAGGAGAAGGGCAGAGCUAAGGGUCACCAGCCAAAUGCAGAGGGACAAAAUGAACAUGACAUGUUAAUAAAGGUGCCACCAGGUGGCAGAGCAUAAAUAAGGAAUGUGGGUUAACUUAAAAUGUAAGAGUUAGUUAGUAACAAGCCUGAGCUAUUGACCAAGCAUUUAUAAUUUACAUUCAGCCUCUAAGUCAGUUAUUUGGGACCAGGAAGUCAGGACAUGGAAAACCUCACCUACAAAUGGUGCCCACUGUCCAGCAUAGAUCCACAUAAAACCUGAAAAAGCUUUAAAAAGGUUCUAAACACACAAAAAUGGAGACAUUUUGACUUAAAUUUUGAAGUCAAGAUAUUUUUAAAAUAUAUAGGUUGGUUGAAUCUAGCAGACUUGGAUUCCUAGUCUCAUGUCUCUCAUGCCAGCCACAGUAUGGAGACACAUCUCCUGGUAGCUGCCAUGAGCUAAGCCGUAUGGUGGGUCCCUGCAGUCUCUCACAUGUGCAGAGGUACAGCAAGUCAUCUUUCAGCUGCUGCCUGCAGGUUUAAGCUCCCAGCACAAGCUCCACCAGCAAGUCGUAUGGUGGGUUUGGGGAUUUUGCUCAUGUAAGUCAGAAAAAGUUACUGAUAUGCAGUAAAGACAGAUUCAGAUGGAAAAAAAGCCUCUAAACAGGUUACAUUGUAUUUAAAAAUACACAGGCUUGGGAGAGAAAAGAAAAAGGGUAGAGAAAGUCCUUACAAAAUAGUGUAAUAAAAAAUGUAAGCUAUGGGGGCUGGUGAAGUGGCUCAGUGGUUAAGAGCACUGGCUGAUCUUCCAGAGGUCCUGAGUUCAAGUCCCAGCAACCACAUGGUGGCUCACAACCAUCUGUAAUGAGAUCUGGCACCCUCUUCUGGCCUACAGGCAUAAAUGCAGGCAGAACACUGUAUACAUAAUAAAUAAAUAAAUCUUUAAAAAAAUGUAAGCUAUAUAUAGAGGGAAAAUACACAGAGAGUCUGGAUCCUGUAUGUUAUUGUGUUGUCUUUGAAUUUUUUUGGCUUCUAAGAGACACUGGAUUAUGAAAACUGAUAGAUUCAACCAACCUACAUAUUUUAAAAAUAUCUUGACUUCAAAAUUUAAGUCAAAAGAUAUGUUAAUUUGGGGAAAGGUUAUGCUUUUAUUCCCACAGGAAAUGAGAGGCUGUGGAUUCAUUCUGGUUAAGAAAAAUCAGGUCAAGCCGGGCGGUGGUGGCACAUGCCUUUAAUCCCAGCACUUGGGAGGCAGAGGCAGGUGGAUCUCUGUGAGUUCGAGGCCAGCCUGGUCUCCAAAGUGAGUUCCAGGAGAGGCGCAAAGCUACACAGAGAAACCCUGUCUCGAAAAACCAAAAAAAAAAGAGAAAAAAAGAAAAAGAAAAAUCGGGUUUGAUCAAGAAAGACCCCCUGAAAAAUCUCCAGUGGGAAUGGAUGGCCCAGGUGAUUCAACGUUCCAGAACAGCUUCAAGGCUGAAGGCUGAGAUGAUCCAGCCCCACAAAAUUCUCCAGCCAGGACUUAACCAUAAUCCUGAAUUUUCCCAGGGUCUCCAAAGAUUACCAGUACUCCCAAUCAUCAGGAAGUAGUCUAGAAAACUAUGCCCACAUGCCCCUCCCAAAUGGGUUAUGGAUAUUUAUUAUCAUUUUAGGGGAGUUGGUUACAAGUUGUUAUGGAUAAUGGUAAGGAAAAAAGCUAAACAAAGGAGAUUAGAUUUAGGGAUCUUAUUCUGAAAAGAUAAAGGGAAGAUAAAGAAAUGACAGGAUAAAAGGGUAGAUUACUGAAUCUAUUUUAAUCCAAAAAAAUCUAUUACUCUUACAUAUUUUACAUUGGUAUGGAUUUUAGUUUAUUGAUACAAAUUUAAGGUUAGUUUUGUAAUAUGUAAAUUUCUACUCUUGUUUAAGAUAUUAUGUUUAUGCAACUCAUUUAAAAAUGUAAUGUAUAGCCGGGCGGUGGUGGCACACACCUUUAAUCCCAGCACUCGGGAGGCAGAGGCAGGCAGAUCUCUGUGAGUUCGAGGCCAGCCUGGCAACAAAGCUAGUUCCAGGAAAGGCGUAAAGCUACACAAAGAAACCCUGUCUCAAAACAAACAAACAAAAAUGUAAUGUAUAAUUAAGAAAUACAGAUUAUUAGCCAUCUAUUAGUCAAACUUAUAUUCAUGUUAGGUUUUCUUGUAUACAGAGAUGUAUUUCAGAUAGAUAGGUAAUCUUCAAAUACUUCAAAGACCUACUGAACAUGGGGUUUAAGACAGUGAGAUACGUCUGCUUCUGAUAGUGCCAAUGUACUCCAGAGAAGAUGAUGGGAAUCAAAGAAAUUCCAUAUGGAGUUUGUUUUCUUUAUGGCAAAAGCUAGCCACAUAGACAAAGAAACUGUCCUUGCUUCAAUUGCUGACAGUUACUGUCCAAACUGAACCAGUAGGACACACAAAAAAGUGACUGCUGAACUUUGCCAAGAUAUGGUAGGACAGUCCUUCAAAAUUCCCUGCUUCACAGGAAAAUCUGUCAGAUAUGCUAGGCCUGUAGGUCAAAGAUGGAUGCCUCAUCAUCGCAGAGAAACUUUGAGUUACUGUCCAGGCAACCUGAUGUCCCUGUCAUUAGGAAACAUUUCAUCCUUCUGGAGUCUUUGAUGAAGUUGAAGACUAGAUAGUCAUAGUAAUAAUUUUCCUUAGGUAUGAUAAAAGGGUAAAUUAGAUAUAAAACUUUGGACUCAGCAAGAUGGGAUGGAUAAUUAAAAGUUUUCUCCUAUUUUGUCAAAUACAAAUAGACUGGAUAUUGUAACUGUAAUCCUUACUUGAUAAGUAUUAAUCUAACUAUGUUAAAGUUAAAACCUUCCUUUUUAUAUACUGUAAAGAUUUGUCACUCAAAUUGGUUUAACAAAACACUGAUUGGCCAUUAGCCAGGCAGGAAGUAUAGGUGGGGUAACCAAACUAAAAAUGAUGGGAAGAAGGGCAGGGUCAAGGGGUCACUAGCCAGAUUCAGAGGGAGCAGAAGAUGAACAUGCCAUGUUAAUAAAGGUACCACCAGCCGGGCAGUGGUGGCGCAUGCCUUUAAUCCCAGCACUCGGGAGGCAGAGGCAGGUGGAUCUCUGUGAGUUCAAGGCCAGCCUGGGCUACAGCGCGAGCUCCAGGAAAGGCACCAAAACUACACAGAGAAACCCUGUCUCGAAAAACAAAAAAAAUAAAAUAAAAUAAAAUAAAAAAAAUAAAGGUACCACCAGGUGGCAGAGCAUAAAUAAGGAAUGUUGGUUAACUUAAAAUGUAAGAGUUAGCUAGUAACAAGCCUGAGCUAUCAACUGAGCAUUUAGAAUUUAUGUUCAGCCUCUGAGUUGUUAUUUGGGACCUGAAGGUUGGGACAUGGAACCAUCCAUCUACAGCAGCUAUCUCAGGAUGCACCAAGUAAAGCCAAUUCUGGCGUCC